CGCUCCAAGGGUCAGCUCUGUCCGCCAUUUUGAUUUGUCGGAGUGUCACGCACACGGUUUCUUUGUCUCCAGUUUGAGGCCGUUUUCAAGACAAUUCAAGAUUUCAGCACAUCAUCAGCCCCACAAACCCAUAGAAAUGGCCAAGAGAAGAAGGGAGACUGCUGUGGACAAUCUGUUAACUGUACACCCUGGGGACGAGGCAAGCAGCAGCGCGAAAUUUGAGACGGGAAAGCAACAGGACACCGAAGGGGACAUUCCAUGCGAGGAAAAGUGCGGAGUAGAAUCUGACAAUCCUCUAACACAGGGUGAAACAGAACAAACGGACAGGCCUGUGGUAAAACGUGAUGUGCUUAAACGCUUUGCGUGUACGGAGUGUGGCUAUAGGGGAGCCAAAAAGGACAACUUAAUAAGACACACAAGAACACAUACAGGCGAGAAACCCUUUAAAUGUGACCAGUGUGACUAUACUGCCGCUCAGAAAAGUACUUUAGACCUUCACCUUAAUAAACACACCGGAGAAAAGCCAUUUUUGUGUGGACAGUGUGGAUACAGGACUGCUAGAAGGUCUCACCUAUCCGAACAUAUGAGGAGACAUUCAGGUGAAAAGCCCUAUAAAUGUGACCAGUGCGACUAUUCUGCUUCACGUAAAGGUUAUCUAGAUAAACACAUGCUUAGACACACCGGCGAAAAACCCUACAUGUGUGGGGAGUGCGGAUUCAGGACCCCUGACAGGUCUUCCUUAACCAGACAUAUGAGAAGACAUUCAGGUGUGAAACCUUAUAAGUGUGACCAGUGCGACUAUUCCGCUGCACAGAAAUUUGCCCUGUACAGACACAUGGCUAAGCACACUGGAGAAAACCCCUUUAUUUGUGGAAAGUGCGGAUACAAGACGAAUAUCCUAUCUAGCUUAACUAGACAUAUGAGAACACAUACAGGCGAGAAACCAUAUAAGUGUGACCAAUGCGACUUUUCUGCUACAAGGAAAAGGGAUCUAAACAACCACUUGGCCAAACACACUUCCCAAUGAUCUAGUUGACAGUUGUAGAUACAGGAAGGUUGACAGGCAUAGUUAUAACUUAUCCAAAAACAGGCAAAAAGUACAGAUGGGGAAAAUGUUCUUCACAAAACAGCACAACACGCA